UGAAAACAAGCAAGGAUUUUUAUUUUGUAAUUGUAAACAAAACAUGUGAACAUCAUGGGAUUGUCCGAUUUGCUUGGGCGGUGAAUGUUUAAUUUAUGUGUAAAUCUUCAGUUUAAACUAUGAUUAUUGCUCUGCAGACCUUGGUUUUCUUCCGGGAGUCUCUUUUCGCUGCGAUAGACCGGUUGCUCCGGCCGUAUUACAAGCACUUCUCUUUGACGUUCAACCGGCACGGUAAUGUCUCUGACGAUGAGGAGUCCGAAGAUCAUGUGUUUGCGGAGUUUGACGAUGAAAAAGGAGUGGUGUUCUUCCCGCCGAUGUAUGCACAACGGUAUGCGGCGGUCAGCGACUGUCUCAUGGAUGAGCGAUGGUGCGGGCAGCUUGAAAAGGUUGUGGAUUUUGGAUACCAUGAUAUGAGUUUCAUCAAGUAUCUAAAAGAAGUUCCUGGUAUCAAGAAAAUUCUAGGCGUAGAUAUAGAGAGCAUCCCUUUGAGGUGUUCAUCAGACCUGCUUGGUUGUGAAGAGUAUGUGCCUAAGAGAGAGAACCCGCUUCAGGUCAUACUGUAUCAAGGCAACGCAGCAGACCCUGACUACAGGCUCAUCGGCUGUGAUGCCGUAAUUGCAAUUGAGAUGAUCGAGCAUAUGCUACCACAUGACUUGGAAAGGAUUGUGCACACCAUAUUUGGGUUCAUAAAGCCACGGAUCGCUAUCAUUACCACUCCUAAUGGUGAUUUUAAUCCAUUGUUCAAAGCUUUAGAGAAAAAUGGUCUAAGGAGGUUGGAUCACUUUUUUGAAUGGUCCAGAGAGCAGUUCCAUGACUGGUGUAGCAAUAUUGUAGUCCGGUAUCCUCAAUACACAGUUUUCUGUAGAGGGGUGGGGCCAGGCCCUCAGGGUACAAUACACUACGGUUGUUGCAGUCAACUGGCUCUCUUUGUCGCCAAAGAUUACCACAAGCAGCAGGACUUGAAUUUGAACAGCCUUGCAUUAGUACCAAAAGUACCAAGUCCUUUCAAUGUGUGUGAAAUGAUUGGAAGCAUAGACAGUCCUGGUGUGCUAACAGACAGUAACAACAUGCUGUGUUCGCCUAACAACAUGGAUUCCUACACUGAGCUAGUGUUCUCUGACAAGCAGUCUUGCGUCACUAUCAUGCUAUCUCCUUCCUUUUCUCUCGACUCGAUGGAGUGUCGCGACAACACUGCACAGUGUAACCUUGAUAAGGAACUAGGAAAGAACUUUUUGUUUGACGAAGAACCUUGUUUUGGCGUGCUUUGGCCGAGAAGGAAGAACGAUAAUCGGGUGUAUGUCAUUGAAGAUGUCAAUAGCAGGUUAAACUGUACAACGCUUCAAGUGAAAAAAUUCUCAAAAAUAACCCAGAAUAUGUUAGCAAGGAACAGAAUAGACUCCCUCGGUCAUACCAGGGAGGUUGUGGAUGAGAUCAAGCACCUAACCAAGAUGUUGAACUUCAAAAACGAAGCAAUAGAUAAGGUUGAGGGCUCCCAGAUAUGGAACAACAUCAACUGGGGCGACAAUGCACCGUACUGGAAUCAAUAUUACAAGAUUGUUAGGGAAUACAACUAUCCCUUUGAGGCGAAGACAGAAGAAGGUCGCAUCCUCGACUUGAUAUCGGACGAGAUAAACAGGCUUAUAGACUCUCAAUACGAAGAGGACUUCUCAGUCGAUGCCAACAAGCUGGAAAUACCUCUAGAUUACCUGAUGCGAGCUGUUCAACACAUAACUAAUGACGUGGAGAAAGUUAAAGACCUAAUGGAGUGGAACGGGUACGAGAUAGUGGACGGUAUGGUGAUAUACUCGCGGCUGGUUCUCGAUAACGCGUCGCUCGGAUCGCCGGACGACGAGUGGCAUGACAACGACACGUUCUCUGAAUGGGAUACUGACGUUCAUUCCACUUCGUUUUCCGAUGGAAGCACUAUCGUGCCAGACUAUCACGCAUUACCAAGCCGUUGUCUUCACCGAGCUCUGGACCGUAAAGUGAAGAAGCUACGAUCAAUGCUGUCAGCUGAUGAAGAUAUAACAACUGAACUGGACCGAGUGGUCUGCCGGCUCAUGAAGUUGGCACUUAGAACCACCAGGCGGCGCCAGUCGCCGUUACCUAUGAAGUGGAUGCAAUGCAAGAUGCUGGAUUUGCUGAAUCUGACAGAAAAGGCGAUAGAGAAGAAGAAAAAGCAUUAUGUGGAGACGUAUCCGUUGAAAGCUAUUUGUUAUGAUGACCAAAUUGCAAAACAAGAAGAAUUUAAUCUCAGCAAGAUAAAAGAAGAUGAGACAGCGAACGAAAUUGUGCAUAAGUACCGACAUUUAGUUCGAUCGUCAGGUAAAACAAUAUGUUUCAUUCUAGAUUUCGAAGACAUUAUACGCUCACCAUCCCUGGUAGACAUAGAACCAGUUCCCGAUCACCCCAUAAAACCAAGAAAGGUCUCAUAUGGCAGAAAUGAUACUCCGCUAUCCAGAACGCAAGCAUGGCUUGAAGAAGAUGUAAAAGUAGUUAGAUAUCCCAAACAUAGCGCUCACGGAAUCAGUUCUGGUGACACAGAUCAUAGUGUGAACAACGUUGUCCGUUUCAAAAAUAAAAAGAGUCAUAGAAAACACAAAAUAUCAGCUGAUGUGAAAGAAGCAGACUUGGACGUUAAGCGACGCAAGAGAUCUGCAAGCAAAACUUCUUAUGAUAAACAUAAGUCAAAGAAUGUUGAUAAGAACAAAAACAAAGAUAAAACCAGCAAAACACGCCUGAUAAAGAAAGUUGCUAAGAAGAAAUCCAGCUAUAAUAUUUUGAUUAAGAGUUGCAGCACAAAAGUUUCAACGGCGAACUUUGGGAAUAUUGUAAAAUCCAAGAGAAAUUUAAAGCCAAAUGUUAUGCAACCGUCAGCAUCUAAACCGAUUCCUGAGAUUUUGAUGGAUAUUAUCAACAUGGAUACAUGUAUAGAGAACAAAACUCAAGAUAUUGAUGUUCUAAGACGCGAUAACUUUCAAGAUGUCGAUUCUAUCGGAGAAGUGAAUUUUGAGUCGAAUAUUGCAAAUACUGAGGAAAGCCUUUUGAUUGACAUAGUGAUGGAUGACAGAGAAGAAACGAUUGCCCUACGCCGUACUAUAGGGACUGAUGCCGAUGACGAAACAGUGCUUUUUGAGCAGGAGACAAUCCUAGGAAGCUUAACCAAUAUUAUGAAAGCUGACAGCUUUUAUGACAAACACGAAACUGAGAAUGUGCAUUCGCAAAAUAUAUUCAUUUACGAUAUUAAUGAACCAAGCACAUCUAAAGGCGUUCGACACGUGAGCAUGGAUGUCCAAUGUGGUCCCGAUGCUACAAACAUGUCUGCCAUGCUAUCUGCAACUACAUCGUUUACCAAACUACCCAAAAUAUUCAAUACUGGCAUUAAAAUUGGAGACUCAAUAUCUGACAUUCAACAUCCUUUUAAACCGAAAGACGUCCCCUGCCUGACGAAGGACAUACAGCAUAGUGAAAAAAAUUGCAACGACUUUGGCACUUCGACUAAUGAAUGCACCAACGCCUUUAAAACCAUAUCUCCUAGGACUAAGUCAGUUGGUAUUAGAAUCAAAGAUUCUGACACUAAUAUUAGGGAAAGAGUUGAAAGUGGAACUAUGACUCUCGAAAACGAAAUUUCACAUGCUGCCGCUUCUAUUCCACACAGUUUUGAUUCGGCAACAGAGACCCGACUGCUGAAACCCGUUUCCAGUCGAAUCAAGAUGGAAGAUUCUGGUUCCGAGUUUUGCGAAAGCGUGGGAAGCUUUCGGAAAAGUCAAUAUCCUUUCGCCAAUUUGUCGAAAAACACUAGCGAUUCCCAAAUGAAUUCGGUUUCGGUGAGUAAAGAUGUUGGAAUAGAACGAAAAUUUUCGAGUAAAUAUAUUCGUCCUAAAUUGUGCUGCGGUGGUGUUCAUGUGCAUAGUUACAAAGAUAGACAAACUAGUGAGGAUGUGGUCUAUCAAGGGGAGUGGCAGCGUUACAGACCCAAAUCUCUAGUUAAAAGAAAACCUAUUAACUCUGUAGUCGCUAAAAAAGUUAACGAACUAGCUAGUAAGAAAUCCAAAGUGAAUUGUAAAGAAAACAUAGACGUCAACAAAGAUAUUAAAUUGCACCAGUUCAAUAAACGGCUGCCAAUUCGCAACGCCAACCUGAAGAAAAUCAUCAAAGACGAUGCACCAAAACAAGAAGAUAAGAAAUCGACAAGAUCGCAUGAAUGUCCAAAAACUGUUAAAUUCAAUAGGAAUGUAACAAAGGUAUCAACUAAGUUGGUGGCAAGUUCUGUAUUGACAAAGCCUAAUAAACCUUCUUUUGUGACGAAAAAACCUUCUAUGACAUCAGCAACAUGCGUCGUUAAGAAAGAUGGCGAAAAACCAAUAAGAUGCUGUAAGAAAAGUUAUUUGCCAGUUUAUUUAAAACGAAAGUUGGCAAUUAAAAAUAACAACAAUAAUUUGAUUCAACAAAGUGAAUCGUCUAAUACUAUCACUGAAACAAAACCAAUUGUCCAACUUCCUGACGUCGUUGAGUCUAUUAUAAACGACGAUAAUAAGAAAGAAUUAUUGGACGCCGUAGACUUUGAGUUUGAGCCAAGAGAAAACGUCAGCUACGUUAUUUUUAGAAAUGAAAUUGAGACUAACAAAAGUACCCCUGUACCUGAAAGUUCUUUACCUCCUAGGGAAUGUUUAAGGCGUAGGGAUAAUACAGAUAAAAGAUCGCCUAGUCCUCAGUCGCAAAAUAGUUCUGCAUGCUCAUCACCUAAUAGUAUUGCUACUGUAAAAGCACGACCAGCAUCAAAGAAUACCCCUGAUCGACGUUUUUCUACUUCAUCUAAUAAAAGUAAUCUAAGCAACAGUGCAUCCGAAACUACGCCAGUUAAAACUAAAAAGUUUACGAAAAGAGCUAAAACCAAUAAAAAACCACAAGAAAAAGAAUAUGACAAUAAAGAAAACGUCCCGGAAUCUUCAAGAAAAAGCAAAGAAUCUGAGAGAAGUCCACCUAAGACAGCUUUUAUGAGAAACAAAAACGUAUUUAGAGCGCAUGUAACGGCAGAAUGUUCUCCACAAACUGCAUCUACUUUGUCCAGACACAGACCACAAACAGCUAAUAAAUCCAAUGUGAGAAUACCUACAGUUCCGUGCUCUAGUGAGAAACCAGCAAGCAGCACUUCCUCAAGACCUUCAGUUUCCAAAAAAAGCUUACCAAAAUCACGCACGUCUUUGCAUUCCGAAAAUAAAAGUGAUAGAAAUUUAAAUAAAUCGGAUUUAACAUCGUUAGGUUCUCCACCACAAAAUUUACUUAAUCCUUCAAAUGAAGACGUUACGAUGAAUAUUGUCGAUAAUAGUUUAUUAUCAGAAUGGAUGAAUUCUACCUACAAAAGUGUGAUAGAAAGUCACACAAGCAACAUAUUAGCUGCUAUGAGACAACUAGUUGAAGAACGGUUAGACUUUAUUGAACGACUAUCAGAUAAUUGCUUAGAAGUUGACUCCAAAACUGUAGUUUUGAGUGAAGAUCAGCUUGAAAGUCUUUCAGUCAGCGCAUCAACAAGUUUCCAUGACAGUUCUUCGCUAAACAAUAGUUUUGGAACUGUUAUUGCGAAAGAAGAUGAUUUAAACAGUGUAGAUAUCAACGACAUACAGAACAUAGUUAACAAUACUCUUGAUUCCGUUUUGGGCAAUGAAUCUAUUGUAAGUUUAACCGAUUCGAGACGCACGACCACUGAUCUUGAUUUACUCUCGUUUAAGUCUCUCACAUCUGCUUCUAAGAUAUCUGAAUAUUUCUUGGCGGAGAGUUCUCUAAAUAACAUAACUGAAUCCUUGCAAAAUACAAGGAUUCCUGUGACCGGUUCUCUUCGGGAUUUAUUCGAGAGAAGAAAGCAACUUACUGUACAGAAUCCAGGAGCCCUGGCUGUACAAGCUUUUAGUGGUUUUUCAAUGAAUAUUGAGCCAGUAGCUGGCGACCAACCCGAUCAUAUCAACAUCAUCGAUUCUGAAACUGGUAGCUUGGCUCUGGAGUUCACUAGACAAGCUACGUCUGAAGAAGUGUUCAUAUCAGGAAGAUCGUCAUCCAGUUAUGAAUCUUGUCUCAUCGAUGAUGAUACUGUAGUACCAUACUGGCUGUUCCAGAUUAUAAGUCAGCAGCAGUCGGUCGACGAAGAGGAAGAAGAUGAGCCAGAAGAGUUACUGCCUAUACCAGUGCCUCUCCCAGAGCCGAUGUACGAUGUUAACGGGAAUGUAUUAGAGGCGGGCCCGGGGGCGGGUGCGGGCGACGGCCGCGGGAUUCACAGCGACCACUCGCAAGACAGCUCGGGACGUGGGACAUCGUUGAGCUCUAGUGCUACGUCGUCUGGGCCGCAGAGCGAAAUGGCGAUUCUGAUCGACCCGUCAGCGUUCACGGCUCAUUACGACCUGACGCGCGAACCCGUCAGCAGCUCUGUCAUCAUGCCGAUACCGCUGCCUCUGGAGUCCCCGGACACGUCUUAUAUGACUGCUGAUGAUACAGCACGAACCAACGACAUUCUAAACUCGAGCGGCGAAGGUUGCGAGCGAGCUACCGCCUCUUUGCUCGCAGCGAGCGAUGCGGAUGCUGACGUCAGCUCAACUGACACUGAUGUACCUGACUCGUCUGACAACUGAUCUGAAGUACGUGGACUCUUUACUCGAUGACGUGAUUGUUUAUGGUGCCAAAUGUGAUUGUGUGCGUUUAAAUUAUUAGUGAAUAGUUUUGUUUUCGGUGAUUUACCGUUUGAGUUUGAA